CGCAUGCGUUUGGCGGUUAGCUCAAUAAGCUAAAAGCAUUGUUUUAAAACCAACAUGUCAGAGAAAACAGAGGUGGAUUUAACUGGUGCCAAGCUAAACACAGGCGUGUGGCUUGUAAAGGUGCCCAAAUACCUGUCUCAGCAAUGGGCAAAAGCGACUGGCAGAGGCGAGGUUGGGAAACUCAGAAUCUGCAAGAAAGGAAACCAAGGAAAGACAGAGGUGUCUUUCACUUUGAAUGAAGAGCUGACUGUGAUUGAGGGUAUAGAGGACAAGACCGUUUCUGCACCUCGUGACCACCCAUUCACCAUGCAGACAGUGGGAGGUCAGACGUUAGCGGUCUUCACCGAGACGUCAUCAGGCCAGUCAGAAGAAAGAUCUGAUGGCAGCAGCUCAGGUUCGGGGGCAGGUCCAGAUAAAAUAGCCUUGGAGGGAGUGGUAGUGCAGAGAGCGGAGUGCAGACCUGCUGCUAGUGAAAGCUACAUGAGGCUGAAGAGGUUACAAAUUGAAGAGUCCACCAAGCCAAUUAGGCUGUCGCAGCAGUUGGAUAAAGCUGUCACCAGUAACUACAAACCUGUGGCUAACCAUGAAAACAAUCUUGAGUAUGAGAGGAGAAAGAAGGAGGAGGGCAAGAGAGCAAGAGCUGACAAACAGCAGGUGUUGGACAUGUUGUUUUCUGCUUUUGAGAAGCACCAGUUCUACAACAUCAAAGACCUAGUGGAUAUCACCAAACAGCCUGUGAUUUACCUGAAGGAAAUCUUGCGUGACAUCGGCAUCUACAAUGUGAAGGGAACACACAAGAACACAUGGGAGCUCAAGCCAGAGUACCGACAUUACCAAGGCGACGAAAAGACUGACGAAUAGAGCGAAGCACCAACACUUUGCUUGAUGGGGCUCCCUCGCUGAGCAGGCCUCAGUUAGACCGUGGAGCUCAAAGCUGACUUCCUCACCUCAGGUCUCAAAACACACUGGAUUAUGAGGUCAAGGGUUGAGUCUUAUAGGAAGAAGUUGGAUCUUCUCGUUACCUUGUAGGAGAUAACGAGAAGAAUAAUAAUUUUAGGAAGCCAAGUAUGCAUUUAUGAACCAUCGGUUCUUGAUUUUAAUGUUUUGAGACAAGUAUAUCCAAAGUCAAAAGGUUAAGCCUACAGGAGGAUGUCUCACAGGUGACAGCUCCCACCACUCAUUUUUAUGUAACAAAGCGGUUCUUCUAGUAGAUGUUGACUUUUUUUUUGUACUUUUGGAAAAAAAAGAAAUUCAGCCUGUGCUUAUGUUCACAGAAAACCGCUACCAUUGUUUUAGGUGUCCUUAGUUACUUUAGCUCAUCUUCACUGUAUUUUUAAAGUGUUUCACAUUGGAAUAACUCAUGUUUUACACUUUUUAAAAUGCAAAUAAAAUACAAUUUAUAAA